GACCAGCUGGUACUCCGUGACUUCGAAUCGCUUGACAAGGAGAGGAUUUGUUAAAACGUUUUAAAGGGGGGGUUGCGACCGUCUGGAUACAUAACCGCACGUUACUGGAAAUUUAGUCCAAACAAGCAUAGUUGAUAUUUCAAUACGUUUUCGGAGGUCUUCGAGUUCUUGAAAGGGAACCGGCUGUGCAUGGGAAAACAUCGGCAGGUAACUCCAUCUCCUGACCAUCCCACUGAGGCAGAAUGAGUUCUAAGGGGGGAGGAAGCACAGCCCUGACCCGACGAAACUACAGACUGGCCUCCGACACAGACAAGCCCAAAGUCACAGGUAUUGUGAAUGAGAAAUUACUGAGUGACUACCUACACCAUGUAUUUCCUGCCUCUCACCUGCCACGCCCCCCACUGGCUUCCCUCAGGAAACCUCUGGGCUUCCAGGACCUGGGAGCUCAUCUGGAGAGGCUAUUAACGGAGGGAGAGCCUACUGAGGACACCAGAGAUCAGCCAGUGGACGGUUGUCUAGGUCCUUUGACCGUGGUCCUGGAUCACACCAGUGGCUUCGAAGGCCUCCUGUUUGUAGACGAUGACCUUCUGGGGGUCAUAGGUCAUAGUAAUUUCAGUUCCAUUAGAGCUACUACCUGUGUAUACAGAGGGAAAUGGGCGUACGAGGUGCUGAUCUCGUCACAGGGCCUGAUGCAGAUAGGAUGGUGCACUGUGAACUGCAGGUUCAACCAGGAGGAAGGCGUGGGCGACACUCCAGACUCGUACGCUUACGAUGGAAACAGAGUCAGGAAGUGGAACGUAACAACCACUAACUAUGGCAAGUCAUGGGCGGCUGGAGACAUAGUGAGCUGUUUGAUAGACCUUGACGAGGGAACCAUCACAUUCUGCCUGAAUGGCCAGUCACUGGGCACAGCGUUCAGCAACAUUAAGAUGGGUCCAGGAAUAGCCUAUUUCCCUGCUAUUAGCCUGUCCUUUAAAGAGUCGGUGGCGUUCAACUUCGGCAGUCGCCCCCUCAGAUACCCCGUAGAGGGCUACCUGCCCCUCCAGAACCCGCCAACUGCAGACAUCCUCAGGGCUCACAAACUGCUAGGUUAUAUCAAGACGGUCCUGUCCACCACCAUAGACACACAGGAGGAGAAGGUGGUGGAGAAAGAUAUUGCCUGCUGGAGCCUACACGGAGAGCCCACCACCCUAGUUACUCUGGCACACAUCUUCAACUACUUUGCUCCACUUAUGUGUAAGGUGUAUCUGGUAGAAGAUGUGCUGAUGAACUUCCUACUGGGUAUACUGGAGGGGGGCGGCUCAGUGGACGAACAUCCUCUCAUACAGCAGCUCCUAGACCUCUUCUGGCUUCUCAUGGAGGACUAUGAGGUGAACGAGUGUCUGAAGCAACUGAUGAUGUCACUGCUAAGGGCCUACAGAUUCUCCCCCAUCAUCCCCGACCUGGGCUUCCAGAUUCACUACCUACGUUUGACGACCGCUAUCCUGCGCCAUGAGAAGUCCAGGAAGUAUCUGCUCAGCAACGUUCUGUUUGACGUUCUGCGCUCGGUGGUGUUCUUCUACAUUAAGACUCCUCUGAGGGUGAAGGAGGCGGGACUAGAGGAACUCAUCCCCACCACCUGGUGGCCCACACGCUUCGACAAAGAGGUACAGCCAAUCACAGCUCUCCUCUCAGAGGGAAAGGAGUCUAAAGAUGAGAGUGCAGAGGAGAGGCUGAGACGCCGGGCCUACGAGAGAGGCUGUCAGAGGCUCAAGAAGAGGAUUGAGGUGGUGGAGGAGUUGCAGGUUCAGAUCCUGAAGCUGAUGCUCAACAACAAGGACAAAGGGACGGGUGAAGCGUCGCGGUACAUAUUCCUGAAUAAGUUCAGGAAGUUUCUACAGGAGAACGCCAGCAACAGAGGGCAUCCCACGGCGCUGUGUCCUCCAGAAUACAUGGUGUGUUUCCUGCAUCGUCUCAUCAUGGCCGUAAGGAGCUACUGGGAUGAAGGGAAGAUGAGGAACCCUGCCAGCGUCAGCAGCGACGAGGCUUACGUUCCCCCUCAGCUCUUCUACAAUGGGAAGGUGGACUACUUUGACCUGCAGCGACUUGGAGGCCUUCUCUCUCAUCUGAAGAAAACCCUCAAAGAUGACCUGGCCUCCAAAGCCAACAUCCUCAUGGACCCAGCUGAGAUCCAGGCUACCUCUAUGGAUGAUUUGGAUGAGGAGGAGGAGAGUGGAGCCGCUCAGAGGCCUUUCGGAGCGGUGGCUAUGGGUGCUGCCCUGGCCAGACCCAGCUGGCUCAGUUCUCCCACUCUGGGCCGAGCCAAUCGCUUCCUGAGUACCGCUGCUGUCAGCCUCAUGACUCCCAGGCGACCCCUGGCACCCCCGGAGAAGGUCAAAGUUCGCACCCUGGCCGUGGAGCAGAGGACGGAGGAGGACAUCGAGGGAAGCCAUGGUAACGAUGGCCUGUUGCUGGGGCGACCGUUGGAAGAACCCGACCAUCCAAUCACAGAGAAGUCUCUGCUGGAGAUUCUGGAUGGGAUUGUGAUGAUGUACAACUUGAGUGUUCAUCAACAGCUGGGCAAGAUGGUGGUGGUGUCGGACGACGUCCAUGAAUACGCUGUGGCGCUGAAGGACACCGAGGAGAAGAUGGCACGCUGCCCAGCAAGAAGACCAGACAUCCUGGAGGAGCUGCAGAAGAGUCAGAAGGUGUUUGCUGAGAAGCUGAACCACCUGAGUAGGAGACUGGCCUGGAUCAACGCUACCAUCUACUGCAAGGAUAAGAUGCUGGAUGUGUACUGGCUACUGAGGGUAUGCAUCCUCACCAUCCAGCACGCUGACAACACGGGAACGUUGUUCGCCUUCACCCCAGAGUUCUACCUCAAUGUGGCCAUGAACAGCUAUAGCGCUCUCAAGAACUACUUCAGCCCCUCCAACUGCAUGGACCAACUGCCAGGCUACGAGGACACCCUCACUCAACUCGCUGCUAUCCUCGCUAAGCACUUUGCUGACCCGCGCAUCGUUGGAACAGACAUCAAAGACUCCCUCAUGCAGGCUCUGGCCAGUUACGUGUGUUACCCACAAUCCCUCAGAGCCGUGGAGAGGAUCCCAGAGGAACAACGUGUGUCCAUGAUGAGAAACCUGCUGGCUCCGUAUGAACAGAGGCCCUGGGCUCAGACCAACUGGAUCCUGGUGCGACUGUGGAGGGGCUGUGGGUUUGGGUACAGAUACACACGGCUGCCUCAUCUGCUCAAAACCAAACCAGAGGAUACCAACCUUCCCAGUCUGCAGAAGCCAUGCCCAUCCCUCCUGCUGCAGAGACACAUGGCGGAGCUGCUCUCUCUGGAUAAAGACAUGGCAGCCUCCUUCCUCAACUCUGUCCUCAACCAGCUCAACUGGGCCUUCUCUGAGUUCAUAGGCAUGAUCCAGGAGAUUCAGCAGGCAGCUGAACGUCCUGAGCGUAACUUUGUGGACACACGGCAGCUGAAGGUGUGUGCUACGUGUUUCGACCUGUCGGUCAGCCUGCUGCGUGUCCUAGAGAUGACCGUCACCCUGGUCCCACAGAUCUUCCUCGACUGGACACGCCCCUCCGCUGAACUGCUGCUCAGACGAUUGGCUCAGCUUCUGAACCAGGUGUUAAACAGAGUGACCGCAGAGAGGAACCUCUUCGACCGUGUGGUCAACCUCCGUCUCCCAGGCCUAGAGAGUGUGGACCAUUAUCCCAUCCUAGUGGCUGUAACAGGGAUUCUGGUGAGAAUCCUGGUGGACUGUGAGAGACAAGGGGUGUCGCGUGCGGCUGCAGUGCUGUUGUCUGACCCGUGCUUUCAGCUGCACUCCAUCCAGCACCUCCUGGGGGAAGGAGAGACUUCUCCGGCUGCAGCGGCGCUCCCCCAGGCACCCACAGUACACCCAGGAGGCCCUGCUGCAGCCGCGCUCCCCCAGGCACCCACAGUACACCCAGGAGGCCCUGCUGCAGCCGGAGCCCCCCCAGAACGAAAACACUUCUCCCUGCACGCCUACACCGACUACAUCCAGGAGGAGGAGGAGCAAAAGGUGGAACAGAUGUUAGCCUUCCUGACUAUAGAGUCAAAGCAGGCUGCAGCCAGUACAGCACCCACCAGUGAGGAAGACCUGUGUCCUAUCUGCUAUGCACACUCCAUCUCUGCUGUCUUCAAACCCUGCUCUCACAAGUCCUGCAAAGCGUGCAUAAACCAGCACCUGAUGAACAACAAGGACUGUUUCUUCUGCAAGGCCAUCAUCACUGGAGUAGAUGACUACAGCAAGCCUACUGCCUCUUAACACCUCACACACACACACCACCCUGCACACGCACACGCACACACACACACACACACUAGGCUCAGACAACACACACCACGUUGAACACACACCUGAGAGACCCCUGAUUCACACUCUCACACACAAACAGCAUACACACACACACAUACACGCAUAAACACACAUGCGCACACACACACACAUGCACUACCAUUCACCUCAUCAAGCACCAUUUUCACUCACUUUGUAACCCUGAUAUCUUGGACCCCUCUCUAUAUUGUUGACCAGACCAGAAGGUCUAGCCAGAAAACAGACAGGAUCAGGCAGGAUCAGACAGGAACAGGCAGGAUCAGACAGGAUCAGGCAGGAUCAGGCAGGAUCAGACAGGAUCAGACAGGAUCAGACAGGAUCAGACAGGAUCAGACAGUCCAUCAGCCCCUCAGACAGCUCCCCAGUCUUUCUCUCUCCUCCCUUCACCUGUUACAGAUAACUCAAACCUUUGCCUCUCGAUUUCCAGAUCAAAGUUGUCUUCUAUUCCUUCAGUUUGCUUUUUUUAUAUCAUUACAGGACUUUAUCAGUCAAUAACAAACAAAGAAAUAUUCCUAUAACAGAAUGGAUAUCCAUAUUAGAAAAGACAGCUGUAGGUGUAGUAUUGAUGGACAACCUUCUCUGAUACAGGUAAGGUCUUAGUUUGGCAUUUGGACAUGACAGGACAGAAGACCGCGUUCUGUUCUCGCUAUGCCGCUUCCUCUCGCCACUCAUACUUCCUCUUCAUCAAAACACAACACCCAAUCACAGUCCCUGCCUGGAUAGGGUAGUACAGUACCUUUUUAGAUAUGAGUUAUGUAUGCUGCUUCCCAAAUAGCACCAUAUUCCCUUUAUAGUGCACUACUUUUGAGCAGAGACCUAUGGGAAGGCAGAAUGAGCUGUGUUCUAUCUCACCUCCAGGUGUUCUCUUCCCCUGGCGGUGUUCUUCCUGUCACACCUACCUGUCCGUCAUGAUCCAUUGUGAACACCUGAACGUUCGUCUCUAUGACAGGUGUCUUUCAGAAGUCCUCUGGCUGCGUUUAUACAGGCAGCCCAGUUCUGAUCUUUUUUUUUUCUCCCACUAAUUGAUCUUUUGCCAGUUAUUGGGUAAAAGAUCAGAAUUGGACUGCCUGCGUGAACGACGUAAAGCUCUCUCCGCCGCAGUAUGAGAAGACCACAUCAUUGCCUUGCCAUUCCACCAAAUACAUGUCAUGUCCAUAGAGAUGGGGAAGGUCUGGGAUGUUGAUGCAAGUGAUACAAUAAUCUAUAUGUGAUCUUAUAGGGUCUAAGUGAAUUAUAAGGUCUGCAUGACAAUAUACAUUAUAAACAUAUUCGCAUAUUUAUGAGUUAUCAUAUUGGUGUGUGAGAGCGUGUGUUAUUGUGUAAGUGUGUGUGUGUGGUGUGUGUCUUAGUGUGUAAGAGGUACCCAGGGUUAGGCUGUACUGCUGUGCUAGCCAAUGGGAUGUUUAGGUUGUAUAAGCAAUAUAAAAUAUGGGGGGUUAUUUUGUUUGUUUUUUGUUUGUUUGUUUUGUCUCUUUUUGGGAGGAGGGAAUGGGAGGCUUGUUGGUUUUUAUUUCUCCUUGGUGUGUGAGAGUGCACAUAUUGUUGGUGUAAAAGCAGUAAAUUAUUUGUCCUAAAGC